UACCAGACUCAUCUCCUCAAUUUCCUCGAAUUACUCUCAGCCAGUACAGCUCACUACUUCUCUAAUCUCUAGCUAAAAAAAUGGUUGAUAUUCAACCCCCCUACAUCACCGACCACGUGCUCAGGAACAAAGUUUAUGCGGAAAAUCGAUUCUCCGAAAAUGAUCGCUUAAAGCAGAGCGAGCCCAAUGUGUUUUGAAUUUCGGAAGCUGCAGCACCUGCAUCAUCUUCCUCGCAGCCUCGUGAUCCUACCUCGUCCGGCCCCUAUUGCCCACCCUGCUUCUCCUCCAUCUCCCUUCCUCCUCUUACUCUUUCUCUUCUUCCUGUAUCUCUUGUUCCGACUACUCCUCUGCCCUUCGCUCCGUCGUUGCUUUGGCUCCGGAGACCAUGGCUACUGCGGCCCAACAUGCCUCAUCUCCCGUCCACUCUCCCGUCCCCUCCGUCGCCAGCCGGCCGACUUCCAGAUACGGCAGCGGCCAGACACAACACCGCUCAAGCAGACACUCUGCCGCUGCUUAUUCAAUCUCACUGACCGCCUCCGUCGAUGACUCCGAUAUCGACGACGAUCUGGCGCGCGCGCAGGCCAGACUUCGUGAGUUGAAGGCAAAGAUAUCGGCUCAGUCAAAAGAAAACUUUCUACUUGAACGGGAUGUGCGGAAUCUGGACUCGCGAAUCGCGCUUUUGAUUGAAAACAAACUAGCAUCUGAAGAGUCUGAACCCAUAGGCAUCACAAAUGAGGCUCGUGAAGGCAGUCUGCCUGACCGCCGCAAACUGGAUUUCUACAGCAACUUGUUUUUCAUCCUCCAAACCGAACCACAGUACAUCGCCACCCUAUGCACCCUCCUCUCAAUGUCCGAAAUGGAUUCCUUUCUACAGACUGUGAUGUUUACAAUCUAUGGCAACCAGUACGAGCAGCGGGAAGAGAAUCUCCUGCUUUCAAUGUUCCAAUCAGUUUUAGCAUACCAGUUCGAAAGCACCACGGAAUUUUCGUCGCUGCUGCGGGCAAACACACCAGUUUCUCGCUUGAUGACUACCUACACCCGCCGCGGCCCGGGCCAGAGCUAUCUGAAAUCAGCACUAGCUGACCAAAUCAACUACGUCAACGAUCACGCCGACGUCAACCUUGAAAUCAACCCGCUGAAAAUAUACGACGAGGUCUUUCAAGACGCGCUGCAAGCCGCGCACGGAGACCUGUCGGCAGUCGGCAUCCCUCGCGUGGUGUCCUCCGAAGUUGCCGCCGCGAACGAGCGCGUGCGGGAGAUUAUGCGUCCACGGGUUGAGCUUGUGCAAAAAAUAACCGGCUCAUUCUUUGCAAAGAUCACAAGCAGCCUGCACCUGGUACCCUACGGAAUCCGCUGGAUCUGCAAGCAAAUUAGAGCGCUCACGCGGCGGCGAUACCCAGCCACCGAAGAAUCUGCGGUGUGCUCCUUGAUUGGCGCGUUUUUCUUCCUGAGGUUUAUUAACCCCGCGAUAGUCAGUCCCCAUUCAUACAUGCUUGUCGAACGACAGCCGGGAGAGCGGCCUCGGCGGACGCUCAUCCUGGUAGCCAAGAUUCUGCAGGCGCUCGCGAACGAUCCCGCGUACGCAAAGGAGCCGUAUAUGCUGUCAUUUGCUGGGUUUGUGGACGACAACAAAGCACAGAUGAACAAGUUCCUCAACGACCUCUGCGAAGUUCCGGAUUUCCACGAGUCGCUCGAGUUUGACAGCUACGUGGCGCUUUCGAAAACAAACCUCGAGCUGUCGAUUACCAUCAACGAGAUCCUGAGUAUGCACCAACUCUUAGAAAAACACAGCCACGCGCUCAGCUCGGACAAGCGGUCACGGUUGAAUGUGAUUCUGAGGGAUUUGGGACAAGCGCCGCCGGUGCUUCCGCGGAAGGAUAACAUCACGAUCGCACUGCCUCUGUUUUCUCGCUUCCAGUCAGAGAUUGAAGAGCAGGGUCAGAAACUCGAUAUCACAGCAAUAGAUUUGCUUCUGACCGAGGCAAAAUCCGUCGUCGUCCAAAUCUUGAGAUCUGUGCCUGAUAGUCAUGCAAUCGCACACCGACCGCUGGACCUAAAGCUCAUAGCGCAGUUCGCUGCUUCGGAUCCGUCGGAUCAGUCUAUAGGAUUGAAGGGAUUGCGACUACUUUCUCUGUCUGAAGAUCUAUUUAUACACUACGAGACAAUCAUCCGGGAAGAAGCGCGCUCGCCCAAAACCUCACAAGACGAGGAGGACCAGAUAGAUUACGAAGUACGCGCGCGCUCAUGGCAGCUUUUCGAAGACAUGAUUGUCACGCUUUCGUCCGAGAUCGAGGACGAACUAGCGCAGCUGGGUUCGCUGCGCGAGAAAGUCGCCAGCGAUAUCUCCAGCCUCGAGUCUGUGCUUGCCACAAUCUCCGAACAUAACGUGUACCUCAAGGGCCAGCUCGCGUCAUACAACUCAUAUCUGACAAACGUGCGCCUGCAGUCCGGCGCGCAAAAGUCGACGCUGGCCGAUCGCCGCGGCGGGGGACUGCUCGACUUACACGGCAAGUCUAGCAAGACGCAAAAAAGCCAGUUACUGGGCCCCUAUAAAUUCACCACGCAAGCGAUGCAAAAAGAAGGCGUGAUUGCAGUCUACAACGUGCCCGAGCAGCGCGUGCGCAAUCUGUACUUUAUGGUGCAUUCGUCCAUGCCGGGGAGUUUUACGAUCGGGCUGCAUUACAAGGGAAAGAGCAGUACGCUGAUUGAGCUAAAUCUGAAAUUGGACGACUUGUUGGAGAUGCUUAGGAGUGAGAUCCAUUUGUUGGAUUUGGAGUAUGUCAAGAUAUAUGUGCCGAAGAUGUUGGAGUUUCUGCAGAAGCAGUUUAAGCGCAGGUAGCCUUUGUACAAUAACGAAAUUAAACUAUUUUUUAAUCAAAUAGUUUCUCAACCAUUAAUCAAUUUUUUUAAU